CGCCACCAUCUCCGCCACCUCCUCCCGUCGUCUUGCGCUCCGGAUCGAACAUCUCUCCGCCUCCCGUCUCCUUGUCCUCGCGUAGGCUUCGCACUUGCACAACGUAUCUUUCUUUCCAGCCCUCGCCGCAGUUAUAUGCCACUCCAGUUAGCAAGCGAGGAGCUCGUCUUGCUCGAUCUCGCAAGGGCUGAACAGCCGUUUGGAUCGAGAUGUUUGAAGGGAUGGAGGGGAUGAGCUACGGCGGCGGUGCUGCUGGCGCUGGUGCCGGGGCGGCGGCGCUGUCGCCGCGGGACCCCAAGCAGCGGCUGCGGUGGACGCCGGACCUCCACGACCGCUUCGUGCACGCCGUCGCCAGGCUCGGCGGCCCCGACAAGGCGACGCCAAAGGGAGUGCUCAGGCUGAUGGCCAUGAAAGGCCUCACUCUGUACCACCUGAAAAGCCACCUUCAGAAAUACAGGCUGGGAAAGCAAAGCAAGAAAUCCACAGACCUGGAAUUAGCCAACAGUGGAGAUUUUACCACGCAGGACAUCAACUUCCAAAUCGGUGCGCCUCUUGUCGUUCCUGCUGAACGCGACACCGGAAGAGAAAUACCGCUUGAGGACACCCUCAGGUAUCAAAUUCAGGUCCAAAGAGAACUGUGCGAACAGCUUGAGGUGCAGAAGAAGCUACAGAUGCGAAUAGAGGCCCAAGGGAGGUACUUAAAGGAAAUACUAGAGAAAGCUCAGGAAAACAUUUCCUUUGAUGCAAAUGGGUCUGUUGGCCUAGAGAACACCAGAUCACAGCUCACGGACUUCAACCUAGCUCUUCCGGGCUUGUCGGACAAUGGAACACAGGUGUAUGAAGAAAGCGGUGAACAGUUGGUGAAACAUAUGUCUGAUGACAAUCUUCAUGAUAAUAAUUUGGAUUUUCAGCUCUACCGUGUACGAAGUCAGGAGGCUAAGAGUGUCGAAUGCACCCCGAAAACUGAGGACCUCCUCCUAUUAGACUUGAAUAUAAAAGGAGGAUAUGACCUGUCUUCGAGAGGAAUGCAAGGGUGAGUCAAAAUCUGAAGAUUAACCAGCAGAGGAAAUAGAGAUAUAUUUCAGCAAGCUGACAGUUUUUGGGAGUUUCACUGUUUGCUAUUAGAAUUUGUUUGCCUGUGGCAGUGCUUAGGAUGCUUGGUCACAAGUUUGACUUGCUCUGUGGUAAUGUUAAAUUUGCUGAAGAAAUUCAUGAACGCUUGAAGCCUGUAGUAUAUGCAUAUGUUAUGUAGAGUGCACAUGGGAAAGGAUGAAGCAUGUAACAAUCAGAUAUCAAGAUAUAUGUAUAUUUUAAA